UUCACUGGUAUGUAUAUAAUCCUGUGUUUGUGAUAGAGAGAGAGAGAGAGAGAGAGAGAGAGACACGCUGGGCUGAAGCUGAAGUAUUUGUCACGCUGUGGAUCCGAGUCGGGAUUAAAGAUGCUUGUGCGGAACUUGUUCCGGGCCGUGAUCAUGGGUCCUCCGGGUUCGGGGAAAGGAACCGUGUCGUCUCGGAUCUCUGAAAGUUUCGGGCUGCAGCAUCUCUCCAGCGGGGACAUGUUACGGGCCAACAUUAAAGCCAAGAGCGAACUGGGUCUUCUGAUGAAGUCGUGUAUAGAUCAGGGUCAGCUGAUUCCCGAUGAUGUCAUCUCUCGCCUCAUCCUGGCCAGCCUCCGAGACAUGGAGCAGAGCAGCUGGCUGUUAGACGGUUUUCCCCGGACGGUGGCGCAGGCUGAGAGUUUAGACGGCGUGAUCACCGUGGACACCGUCAUCAACCUGGACGUGCCGUUCGAGACCAUUAAGGAGCGUCUGACGUCUCGCUGGGUUCACCUGUCCAGCGGCCGCGUCUACAACGUCGACUUCAACCCUCCCAAAAUCCCCGGUCUUGAUGAUGUCACCGGUGAGCCGUUGACGCAGAGGGACGAUGACACGCCCGAAACGGUGACCUGCAGGCUGAAGGCGUAUGAAACCCAGACUCGACCAGUGCUGGAGUAUUACAGGAGUAAAGGAGUUUUGGCGACGUUUACCGGAACUGAAACCAAUAAGAUCUGGCCUCAUGUUCACGCCUUCCUCGCGAAGAAGAUCCCACGGACUCAGCAGGCUGGGGGAGGAGUUUAGUCGCGUCCCGACCGUAAAGAAUUGGCUUUUGUCCGGAAUGUUAACGACUCACUCUGGUUUCCAUGGACAGCGAUCACGCUGUGUUUUUGGUCACUCUUUGUUUUUAAUGGUAGACGAUUUUAGUUCUAAUCGAAGUUAAAUCUGUGUGACGUGAGCACGCGGUAGUGUGUUUCAACUCGAUCUCGGUUUAUUUCAUUCUCUUUUCCUCACCGGUGUAUUUAGUUUUGAAAGCACAUUCUUUAAAUUCUUUUGAUUUUGCUUCACUCACAAUCUCUCCUCCUCUGUGAAACAUGGUGGAGGUAGUGUCAUGGACCGGGCUGGGGUAGAAGCAGCCACGCAAGCCUUUGAAGGACUUUAUUAACAAAAAUAUCUAGUCCAUUCUUUUGAACCAUUACAUCCGCUUCUGAGAGAGGGAGAGAGAGAAAAGGAAAAUAUUAAAAUGAUUAAAUAAAAAAAGAAACGGGAGAGAAAGAAAUGUUCUGCACAGGAAGAGAAAAGGAAGCAUUAUUUUUUUCAAACUGAAUUUUGAAAUCAUUUUAAAAAAAGAAGAAGAAAUCUAUUCUGUGUAUGGACGCACGUGUCCAACAAUAAUUCAAACACAAUUUACAUUUACAAAAAAAAAAAAAAGGGACAAAAAUACACAAGAGAUAAAAAAUAAAAAUAAAAUAAAAAUAUUUUUUGAGGGAAAGUUCGGGUCACCGAUACAGAGUCUAAAAGUCAUUAAAGUUCAGAUGUUUUAUUUAAACGUUGAGGGAUUCCAGAUUGUGUUGAUAAUAUGAAUGUGUUGAAAAUAAUUUUCCUCACAAAGUCGCCUUAAACUCAUAAACUCCAUCACCGUUUCGUUUUACGUGUCUGAAUCUGAAUUUCAACAAACCUUCAUAAAUGACCUGAAAUACAUUUUAGAAAUGAUAAUGAAUGUGAUUUGAUAUAAAAAAUUUUAUAUCAUGAGGAAAUGUAAAGAUUUUUGUAAAAUGUAUAAAUUUACUGAUUUCACGCCAUUGAGCUGAAUAAUGACGGAUGAAUAAAUCAUUUUAAAUAUA